UAGGCUAUUAAAUCCGGGCGGAGUGUGAACAUGUGAACACAUGAGAAAACUGUGCAGAGAACGCACCGAGCACAGCAUCGUCUUCAAUCGGAUGUUGUUUUGGAAAGCAGCGGUCUGGUGAAUAUGAGGAUGAAGCGCCCUCUGCUGCUGUUGCUGCACCUUAUGCUGGAGAGUCAGGCGCUGCGUUACUCCAACAGUUACUACUAUCAGGACUUAUCACCUGAUGGCAACGGAAACGGAGAGAUAUACUUCAGUGGUGUGCGUCUUCACGUGGAAUCUCCUCAAACUUUGGUGUCUGCUGUACAAGGAGGCAAUGUGACUCUUCCAUGUGUGUACCGGUAUGAGCCGGAGGUCAGUGCACCUCGCAAGACGAGGGUGAAGUGGUUCUGGCAGCCGAACACAGGUGAAACCAAAGAGAUGCACGUCAUAGUGGCUUUUGGGUCCCGACACAGGAGUUACGGCGACUUCCGGGGUCGCGUGCGUCUGCGCCGGAGUGCUCCAGGCGAUGCGUCUCUGGUCAUCAACCCGCUGCUGAGCGACGACACUGGGCGCUACCGCUGUGAGAUUAUAGACGGCCUGGAGGACGAGAGCAUCACCGUGGAGCUUCAGUUUCGGGGUAUAGUGUUCCCAUAUUACUCUCCCAUGGGUCGCUACCAGUUUAACUUCCAGGAAGCCAAAGAGGCAUGUGAGGAGCAGGGUGCUUGUCUGGCCACCUUUGAGCAGCUGUUUGCAGCCUGGGAGGAAGAAAAGCUUGAUUGGUGCAAUGCUGGCUGGCUGGCUGAUGGGACAGCACAGUACCCUGUAUCAGUGCCUCGAGAUGCCUGUGGUGGUACAGACCUGGCACCGGGCGUCAGGAGUUACGGCGUACGCCACAAAUCCAUCGACCGAUUUGAUGCAUUCUGCUUCACUUCUUCAAUCAAAGGUGAAGUUUACUUCCUGCAGCACCAGCUCAAGCUGAACUUCUCUGAGGCAGUGGAGGAGUGUGCACAGGAUGGUGCUCAGAUUGCUAAAGUGGGUCAGCUGUACGCAGCAUGGAGGUUUGCAGGGUUAGAUCAGUGUGAUGCUGGGUGGUUGGCUGAUGGCAGUGUGCGUUAUCCCAUCAUCAAACCCAGAGCCAACUGCGGCCCACCUGAUCCUGGUGUACGGAGCUUCGGCUUCCUGCCCCAGCAUUUAAAAUAUGGAGUUUACUGUCACAAAGUCAGAUGGUAAGAUUCUGACACAACUGUGGUCAUCAAUUUAAAAUUCAGUCAACACAAAUGUGAAUUCUGGCAGAUGAUAUAUGGUUUGAUGAUUCAUCUUCUAAUUUCUGUAAUACAAAUGAAGGGUGUCUGAGCUGUUCCUGUGAAUCUGCAAUCAGUUUAGUUUUGAUUAAAUGGACUGAUUUGGAUUCCACUAUUACAUUUUCUGAUUUUAUAAACAGGUUCAUCAAAAAAAAUUAGAAUAUUGAGGAAAAGUUCUUUUUUUCCGUAAUUUAAUUCAAAAAGUAGAACUUUCGUGUAUUCUAGAUUCAUUACACAUAAAGAGAAAUAUUUCAAGCCUUUUUUUUUUGUUUUAUUCUUGAUGAUUACGGCAUACAGCUCAUGGAAAUCAAAAAUCCAGCAUCUCAAAAUAUUAGAAUAAAGAAUUUAUAAUACACAAAUGUCAACCUUCUGAAAAGUAUGUUAAUUUAUGCACUCAGUAUUUGGUCGAGGCUCCUUUUGCACGAAUUAAUGCAUCAAUGUAGCGUGGCAUGGAGGCAAUCAUCCUGUAGCACUGCUGAGGUGUUAAGGAAUCCAAGGUUCCUUUGAUAGCGGCUUUCAGCUCGUCUGUAUUGUUAGGACUGCUGUCUCUCAUUGGUUGCUUCUCUAUGGGGUUCAGGUCAGGCGAGUUGGCUGGCCAAUCAAGCACAGUAAUACCAUGGUCAGCAAACCAGUUACUAGUAGUUUUGGAACUGUGGGCAGGUGCCAAGUCAUGCUGGAAAAGGAAAUCAGCAUCUUCAUAAAGCUUGUCAGCAGAUGGAAGCAUGAAGUGCUCUAAAAUCUCCUGGUAGACACUGCAUUGACUCUCGACUUGAGAAAACACAGUGGACCAACACCAGCAGAUGACAUGGCACUCCAAAUCAUCACUGACUGUGGAAACUUCACACUGGACUUCAAGCAACUUGGAUUCUGUGCCUUUCCACUCUUCCUCCUGCCUCUGGGACCUUGAUUUCUAAAUUAAAUGCAAAAUUUACUUUCAUCUGAAAAGAGGACUUUGGACCACUGCGCAAUGGUCCAGUUCUUUUUAAAGGCCAAGGAAACCUUUGCAUGUGUUGAGUUUUUAGCUGAUUAGAGCUCUUCUCAGGUCGACAUUUCUGUAUUAAAAAUUCUUUAUUCAAAUAUUUUGAGAUACUGGAUUUUUGAUUUCCAUGAGCUGUAAGCCGUAAUCAUCGAGAUUAAAACAAAAAAAGGCUCGAAAUAUUUCACUUAAUGUGUAAUGAAUCUAGAAUAUAUGAACAUUCCACUUUUUGAAUUAAAUUAUGGGGGGAAAAGAACUUUUCCACGAUAUUCCAUUUUUUUUUAGCUGCACCUGUAUGUAGAAUUAAGCAUUAAAGUAUCACUCAGGGAAUAGGUCUGCAAAAACUGCCCUUGGUAAAUUCUCUCACAUCAACUAAAUCAAUGGACAUUCAUUGUAUAAUACAUACAAUGUGUUCUACCAUCACAUGUACUACAGCCAUGUACUAUAUGUGCAUAUAUAAACUAUUUACAUUAAAUUUCACAUACAUAUAGAUGCAACAAAGCAAACUAUAAUGGAAGUUAACCCCCCCCCCCCCCACACCCCCAAAGUUCUGUGAUAUAUUUUUGCUCAAAUGACUGAAAGCUUUGCAUAUGUAGUAUCCUACGUACAUAUAGUGUUUAAUUUCACUAAUUGUGUUUAUGCCAUAGUCCAUGCAUGUUUACAGUCUAUCUUGUUUAAAAACAACAACAACUUGCUGUUGUUUUAUUGUCUUAUUAACUAUCAUUUUAGAUAAUAAAUGUUUUUUCCCCUUAAAA